AUGAAUUCUUACACUUACCCUCUACCCAAUUUAGAGGACUACGAUGUUUCGCCGAAGACGGGAUUUCUCCCUGAGGAGAUCCCCUUGAACCAUUUGCCCCCUUAUUAUGAAACUUGGGAACGUAUUGUCAAAAACUUACCAGCGUUAUUAUUGACAAGGCGCGUCAGAUCAAUGGUAGAUAAGUUACCCUACUUGACGUGUGAGCAUCUAACUUCUGAGAGUGAGUAUAGACGGGCAUACUCAGUAUUGGGAUACAUUGCCCAUGCCUAUAUAUGGGGAGUCAAUGAAACGACUGACAGGUUGCCCAAGCAAAUUGCAGAUGCCUGGAUCAAAGUAUCUGCUCAUUUGGAACUUCCUCCAAUUGCUACCUAUGCUGGUUUGGUGCUGUGGAACUGGGAGAAAAUCAUCCCCGAAGAAGACGAUGCCACUCUUGAGGAUUUCCUUAACAAUUUGAAGGUAAUCAAUACUUUUACUGGAUCUUUGGAUGAGUGUUGGUUCUAUCUUGUCAGUAUUUAUUUUGAGUAUAAAGGUGCUUCUGUCAUUACCACCGGUAUGGAUGCUAUAAAGUAUGCCAGACAGGACAAACCGGAUAAAGUCAGGGAUUGUGUUCAGGCUUUGGCCGAACACAUAGAUUAUUUGGGUACAGUCUUGAUGAGCAUGCAAGAAAUGUGUGACCCCCACGUAUUUUACUUCGAAUUAAGGCCAUAUUUGGCUGGCUGGAAGAAUAUGCAAGACGUUGGAUUGAAAGGUGUUUACUACGGUGAUCUUCAAGAACCUAAGUUGUAUUCAGGAGGUUCCAAUGCCCAGUCUUCAUUGAUUCAAACGUUGGAUUUGCUAUUGAAUAUUAACCAUUAUUCCACUGGAGAAUCAUCAUCCAACUCUUCGGAAAACGCAUUCAUGAACGAGAUGAAGAAAUAUAUGCCCGGAAAGCAUGCCAAGUUUUUGAAUCACUUAGCCAAAGUGAACAUCAUAAGGGAUUAUGUUACAUCACGUGCAUUGUCUCAUCCAGACUUACUUCUCUCAUAUAAUGCAGCAGUGGCUAUGAUGAAGACGUUUAGAGAUAAACAUAUUCAGAUUGUCACUCGUUAUAUUGUGCUUCAGGCACAGAAGUCGCAAAAUCUCGGUUCCGAAGGUGCCAAAACUAUCAGAGCAGGAUUGGCAAAGGGUAGAGCCCCACAGAAGAGUAUGCAACUAAAGGGAACUGGUGGUACCGCAUUAUUACCAUUCUUGAAGCAAUGCAGAGAUGAAACAGGAAGCACUGCUGCUGGAAACUGGGGCAGAAGGUUGUUGACAGAUGGUCCAGCAUACAAAAAGAAGAAAGACGUCGAGUCAGAGAUCUCUUUGAAUACUAAACCGUCUGUUGGUCUCUCUUCCCGGCUUAGUGACGACAAAAGUAACCUGAAAUAUGGUCAUUGGUGA